ACGGUUUGGUGGGUCUUCGUCAAAAUUGUUUCGUUUUGGCUUCUGGUUUUUAUUGUGUGCCACAUAAAAUUCUACUAGCUCCAUGAAUAUAAUAAGGCAUAGACUUGGCUGGACUUUAUAGACUCCUCUCUGUCUCUUUGCUUUCUUGAGCACUGAAAGAUAAGCUAAGGGUAAUUUCUGAGCCGUCUACAUAGAAACAUUGCAAGGAGUUUGAUUAUUGAGUCAUGGACAAUACUGGAGGUGGUUCUUUCAUGAGGAACAGGAGAUUGGAGAGCUUCUUCGAUACAAAUUCCACUCCAAAUGGGAAACAAACCCCAAAUAUUUGGGUGAGGGAAGAAGUGGUAAAAAGUCCCAAGAGUGAUGUUUAUGUUGAAGAUGAUGGGUGGAUUUCUGUAUUGAUAUCUUGUGUAAGGAUUGUGGUUUGUUUUUUGUCAAUGAUGGUCACAACAUUCAUUUGGUCCUUGAUCUUGCUCUUGCUCUUACCAUGGCCUUAUGAGAGGAUCAGGCAGGGAAAUAUUUAUGGGCAUGUUACUGGUAGAAUGCUGAUGUGGAUCUUAGGGAAUCCUAUCAGGAUUGAAGGCACCGAAUUUUCAAAUGAGAGGGCCAUUUAUGUCUGCAACCAUGCUUCUCCUAUAGACGUUUUCCUUAUGAUGUGGUUGACUCCCACGGGCACUGUUGGCAUUGCAAAGAAAGAGAUCAUAUGGUACCCUUUAUUUGGACAACUUUAUGUAUUGGCAAACCAUCUUCGAAUAGAUCGCUCCAACCCUUCUGCAGCUAUUCAAUCCAUGAAGGAGGUAGCUUAUGCAGUAGUGAAAAACAACCUGUCACUCGUCAUUUUUCCUGAGGGAACUAGAUCAAAAAAUGGACGAUUACUACCCUUUAAAAAGGGUUUUGUUCAUUUAGCAUUGCAAACGCGCCUCCCAAUAGUUCCAAUGGUCUUUACAGGCACCCAUGAUGCAUGGAGGAAAGGCGGCUUACAUGUUCGGCCAGCGCCUAUAACAGUCAAGUAUCUCCGGCCAAUAAAAACUGAUGAUUGGACAGAUGACAAGGUUAAUGACUAUGUCAGACUGCUCCAUGACAUAUAUGUUGAAAACCUUCCAGAGGCACAAAGGCCUCUUCAUUAGAAGGUACCAGAAGCAGUCACAUUUCAUGGUUGAGGCAUUUCUUUUUUGUAAUUUAAUAGUCUUGGAAAGUCUCAUGUUAAUAGCUAUUAAAAAUAAUCAUGGUGUCACUUCUCGAGUCUAGGCCACAACGGGUCUGGGUUCAUUGCACAUCCUAUUACCUGUUGAGCCGUACUUUAUAGCCUAGACCUAGCACCAAGUUCCUUGUGAUUUUUUUAUUUACAUCUUAGAUAUACAAAAAUCUCUUAUGACCUAUCACAUUCCAUUUUAUUAAUAUAUAUGUAUGAUAUAUUUGCCUCA